AUGCGAAUGAUUCAAAUGAACUACGCUGGGCAGCUAUCAACAGACGACUUAAAUUCUCUGAUUGCACACGCGCAUCGUCGCAUCGACCAGCUGAACAAGGAGCUGGCUGAGCAGCGGGUCAGGGAGCAGCAGCACAUCGAGCUGGCCCUGGAGAAACAAAAACUUGAAGACAAAAAGGCACUUGAGGCAGCUGUGGCGAAAGCACUGGAGCAUCACAAAAGUGAGAUUGAAAUAGAACAAGAGAAGAAGGUCGAAGAGGUCCGAGAGGUGAUGGAGAGCGAAAUGAGGACGCAGCUCCGGCGGCAGGCAGCUGCCCACACCGAUCACCUGCGGGAUGUUCUUAAGAUCCAGGAACAGGAGCUGAAGGUGGAAUUCGAGCAGAACUUAUCAGAGAAACUCAGCGAGCAAGAAAUGCAAUUCCGACGCCUUACUCAGGAGCAGCUUGAUAACUUCACGCUGGAUAUAAACACUGCCUACGCCAGGCUGAAAGGAAUUGAGCAAGCAGUUGAGAGUCAUGCAGUAGCAGAAGAGGAGGCCAGAAAGGCCCAUCAGCUGUGGCUUUCUGUGGAAGCACUCAAAUACUGCAUGAAGACAGCCUCUGGUGACAGCCCCACAGAGCCGCUGGAGAGCGCAGUGAAGGCCAUCAAGGCCAGCUGUUCUGACAAUGCCUUUACAGAAGCCUUAACAGCAGCCCUCCCCCAGGAGUCUCUGACACGAGGAGUGUACAGUGAAGAGGCCCUCAGAGCACGGUUCUACACAGUCCAAAAACUGGCAAAAAGAGUGGCUAUGAUUGACGAAACAAGAAACAGCUUGUAUCAGUACUUCCUGUCGUACCUGCAGUCCCUUCUUGUGUUCCAUCCUCAACAGCUGAAGCCACCAACUGAGCUCAGCCCCGAUGACCUCGAUACAUUUAAAUUACUGUCUUACGCUUCCUACUGCAUUGAACACGGAGAUCUGGAGCUGGCAGCUAAAUUUGUCAACCAGUUAAGAGGAGAGUCCAGGAGAGUUGCACACGAUUGGCUGACUGAAGCUCGAAUGACCCUCGAAACCAAACAAAUAGUGGAUAUCCUGACAGCAUACGCCAGCGCUGUGGGGUUGGGAACAACUCAAGUGCAGUGAGCUCGGACUGUUAGUUCAGAGGCAGUUCAGCAGUUGCUCACGCUGCAGAGAAACCCAAUGACCUCCUAAGGGUGAGCUCCUAAGGAUUGCAAACCAGCCAGCUGGUGGGGGCGAGCUGGAAGCGUUAAAUCAAAGCGUGGGUCCUGUCCUGUUUCCUUGCACUGUAUUUAAUUUACCACCUGUUGUAUUUGUAUUGGUUUUGAGUUAUCAUGACCACCGACUUCAGGAAGCUUCUUCACAAUUUGUGUAACUAUUUUGUUUCCCCAUCUUAUCAAGCAGGCUUGUGAUCCAACCAAAAUGUUUGUAACCUAUCAUUAAUGAUUUGCCACAUUGUCAGCUGAAUAAAACAAGACUUCAACCACUC